UCUGCGCACCGUGCCUGGCAGGAGCCCACAGCUUCAGAUCCUGCAACGCCGACAAUGACGCGUGUGGGAGAUGGUCGACAAAACUGAGUCUCCUCCAUAAAGCAGACGACGUCUGCGUUGGGAAAUGAGUGCACUGGGCUCAGAGGGAAUUCUUUGGCUUCGCCGAUCGAGCUUCGCUUGAUUGUAAAUGGACAGAUUGGCAGGAGAGCAUUUCGCAACCUCUUUUACAUGCAGCCUACAGGGCGCAUGAAGUCUGGGGAUAUAUUUUCCACCCCGUUUAGUCCGGCCAGACGCGCAAUGCAUGCACUUGUGUUUUUUAUCUAAGGAGGGUGUGGGAUUCCUUUUAACUGUCUGAGGAUUGCCGGGCUUUUCCUUUAAGAUAAACCAGUUUGUUUCUGCAAGAUGUUUUGAGCGCCAAGAGGGUUGGGAGAGAGAGAGAGAGAGACGUUGGCUGGCUGUGGGAGGGGGUUCUUACUGCGCACACAAGCGGCUCGCCUCCUCUACCCCACAACAACAACAAAAACACACAGAGGCGAUAGUGAAGGAGCGAGGGAACGCGGAGAAGUGUUGGAGUGGAAAUCUGGAAAUAUACGGCGCUAAAAUGACGAUGUCCGUCCCGGAGAGGAAGUCAGGAUCGGAGGGAAAGGAGGAGGAGAGCGAGGAUGAGAGCGAGAUCCUGGAGGAGAGCCCCUGCGGCCGCUGGCAGAAACGGAAAGAGCAGGUCAGCCAAGGUAAUGUUCCAGGUGUGGAAAGUGCCUCUUUGGCCAUGGACACAGAGGAAGGAGUGGAGGUGGUGUGGAAUGAAGUACUCUUCUUAGACAAGAAAGUCUUUAAAGCACAAGAGGAGAAGAUCAAGGAGAUGUUUGAGAACCUGAUGCAGGUCGAACACCCCAACAUUGUCAAGUUCCACAAGUACUGGCUGGACAUGAAGGAGAGCCAGGCUCGAGUUAUAUUCAUCACUGAAUACAUGUCGUCAGGCAGCCUCAAGCAGUUCCUGAAGAAAACCAAGAAAAACCACAAGACUAUGAAUGUGAAGGCCUGGAAGAGAUGGUGCACACAGAUUCUCUCUGCACUUAGUUAUCUGCACUCUUGCGAUCCACCGAUAAUCCAUGGAAACCUGACUUGUGACACCAUCUUCAUCCAGCACAACGGCCUCAUCAAGAUUGGCUCAGUGUGGCAUCGGCUAUUUGUUAAUGUUUUCCCAGAUGCAAGUGUUCAUAGCAAAGGGAGGCAACAUCGCGAUGAGCAGAGAAAUCUUCAUUUCUUUGCUCCAGAAUACGGAGCUGGCGAAGACGGUUACGCCAUAGACAUUUUCUCCUUUGGAAUCUGUGCUCUGGAGAUGGCUGUGCUGGAGAUCCAGGCCAAUGGAGAUAGCGCUGUGUCCAAGGAGGCCAUAGUCAAUGCGGGUCAAUCUCUGGAAGACCCUCUCAUGAGAGAGUUCACCCAGUCUUGUUUGCAUCACGACUCCAAGCUCCGUCCUACAGCUCACGACCUCUUGUUCCACCGAGUCUUGUUCGAGGUCCACUCGCUCAAACUGCUCGCCGCCCAUUGCCUCAUCAACAACCAGUACUUGCUUCCAGAGAACUGUGUGGAGGAGAAAACCAAGUCAUUUGACCCCAAUGCUGUCAUGGCAGAGAUUAAACAUGAAGACAGACAGGGAGUUCAGCUCAAGUAUUCCCACGUGUCCCCAUUGGAACUUGACAAGUUUCUAGAGGAUGUCAAGAAUGGAAUCUACCCAUUGAUGAAUUUUGCCUCAACGCGGCCUCAUCCCGUCCCCCGAGCGCUCUCCUUGUCUCAGGAGCAGGUUGAAACGGUCAAGACGCCGACUCCUGAACCCCAGGAGACAGAGACGAGGAAGGUAGUUCAGAUGCACUGUAAUUUGGAGUCAAAUGAAGAAGGGACCAAAACUCAUCUCUCUUUGUUUUUGAAGAUGGAUGAUAAACUUCACAGGCAGCUCAGCUGCGACAUCCUUCCAACUGACACCUCCAAAGACCUCGCCAGUGAACUUGUUCACUACGCCUUCAUAAAUGAGGAGGACAGUGAGAAGGUGGCGGGGUUCCUGGAGAAUGCCAUCAAACAACACCGGGUCCGAGCGCUCGCUUCUGGGAGCACGCAGUGAGAAGGGGUCCCGACAGGCUCUGGCCCAGAUGGAGGGUCCCGGGGCAUUGAUCACUCAGAUGGAGAGAGAGAGAGAGAGAGAGGGCAGCGGGUAGGACGAGACAGCCGUGGACCUGAGGAAGCACAGGGAGCUGACCCAAUAGGGAAUUAAAAAAGGGACAAACACAGAUGGAUGCUGCACCUUGACAGACAGUAAAUCAUCCCAGUGAGAAGGAAUGAAAAAUGCCAGCAGUGAGAGUGAAACCGAAGGUGCCUCUGGUUGGAGGACCAGAGGAAUCACGGCUGCGUCCAGCAACCCCACAGAGCAGAGGAAGAUUGACAAACUCCCUGCCUAAAAGGGCUAUCAUGCCUUAAGAUAUCUUACAAACUUAGGUUUUCCAUAAUGCCACUAUUCAGAGCAGAUAUGUUAUACUCACAGAUGCAGCAACUACAUACUACUACAUACAAACGGACAUUUUGUUCCUCAAAGCCUCAUUUGCACACUUUUAUUGGUGAUUAAACCUCCCUCUCCCUCACAAGCCAGAACCUUCAGUUCACAAGAGUUUUAGGGAAUUUAAGAUUCCGUCCUAUGUGCACUGUUGAUACUCAUUCAGCUGACUUUUUUUUCUUCUGUUUAACUGUGAACAGUACAUGCAUUGCACAAAUC